CCUUCAAAUGUCUCCGUUACUGCAAGUAACUACUUCUAACAUUUGUAUUGGAACAUAAUGUAAUUUUUAGAGUUACUUGUGGUAUGUUUUUGGGACCAGACCUUUAUGAGAAGUGGCUUUCAAAUAAACUUUCAACUUGUUUGCUAACUAGCUAGCUUGUUAGCCACUGAAUGCGCUAGUUCCUUAGCUUGAUGCUAGCCACCGGGGGGAACGCCUAGUAUCAUAAGUGAACCGUGCGAAAUAACAAACGCUGGUGCUGCAGCCCCAGUGGUCGUAGGCAGGAUGCAGACCAUAAAGUGUGUGGUGGUGGGUGACGGGGCAGUCGGUAAAACCUGCCUACUCAUCUCAUAUACCACCAAUGCCUUCCCCGAAGAGUACAUUCCCACAGUGUUUGACAACUACAGUGCUCAGAUGAGCGUGGACGGCCGCACUGUCAGCCUCAAUUUGUGGGACACAGCAGGCCAAGAGGAGUAUGACCGCCUGCGCACGCUCUCCUAUCCUCAGACCAACGUUUUCAUCAUCUGCUUUUCCAUCGGCAGCCCCUCCUCCCAUGCUAAUGUCAGGCACAAGUGGCACCCUGAGGUGUCUCACCACUGCCCCAACGUGCCCAUCCUGCUGGUAGGCACCAAGAGGGACCUGAGGGGCGAUGCAGAAACAGUGAAGAAGCUGAAGGAGCAGAGCCUGGCUCCUACCACCCAGCAGCAGGGAAACGCCCUGGCCAAGCAGAUCGGGGCUGUCAAAUACAUGGAGUGUUCUGCUCUGCUGCAGGAUGGCGUCAGGGAGGUCUUUGCCGAAGCUGUGAGGGCAGUGUUGUAUCCAGUCACGAAAAAGAACCCCAAGAAGUGCGUGCUGUUGUAAUAAACGGUUCCCCGAUUUGGACUGUGGAGAGGGAUGAAGGAGAUCCACAGAUGCAAAGGCUGAGGAAUGAACGUCGUCAUCUGGCUGCCUCCAAUACCACCUCCAGCAGUUGAGACUUUGAUUUCAGCUCCUCUGUUACUCCUCUCUUCCUGAUUCAUCUCCUGGAGGAUUUCACUCCGUUGCCAUCACCACCAAAGUGACUAUGCCAAAAUGGGGGCAAUAGACCGGAUCUCCUUCUAUUUUUCUUACAUUUUAACUUUUGAUAUUUACACUUUUCUCCAAUUUUACAUCUGUUCUAGAUUUAUAGCUUCUCUGCUUUGCCUUAUAAAUGCUGAUCGUGGUUGUCACAAGCCAUAACAACAUCGGAACCAACCUAUCAAGCUACCCUGACUGACUGGAGAGAAGAGAUCUGCCUUUUGUUAAGGUGGAGAAAUAAUGACUACCUCAUACUCUCACCUAGGCUGCAUCUCAUAAGUAUCAAGCAACGUCGCCAUCAAAAUGCUUUGACUUGCCUAUCUAGAUGUAAUAAACGGCCAAGUAGAGGGUGACCAAGUUUUUAAUUUCAAGCAGCUUGAAUCCAGACAUGAUGUGGUGACUCUCAGACAAAUGCCAGUACCCCUUAACCAAUAUGCACAGAUUAGAGGUUAAACUCUCGAGCUGCAGUUCCCCUUGUGCUCAGUCUGGCAUGUUGGAGCUGUCUGGCAGGCUGCCCUUCCAGGCUCUUGCACUGCUCUCUCUCUCACUGCCACGCAUGGAGGAGCCAGUAGGCCUUUGAAGAUAAGCGGGACCCAUUGAAAGCAGCUGGCCGUUUGCCCUCUUCAGUAAUAGAGGAGCAGGUGUCAUAAGGCCUCUGCCAAAUUAACCCACACUGGUACAGGAUUUCUCAAGCUGGCAUAUCAGGAAGUCAGGUUGUAGCACAGCUCUCCUCUGGCUACGUCUUAACUCUUGAGGCUCACACCGAGUGCCAUUAAAACAUGCCUAAGAAUGUCUCUUUGACAGGGUGGGGUCGAAAAGACUAUGUUGUCUAAUUAUGUUGAAUUUACUCUGUAAAUGAUUUUUUUUUUUUUUUUUUUUCCUCAAAUGUUUUUAACCUACGAGUGUGGUUAUGGCCAAAGUUGAAUAUAUUUUUUGUAAUAGCUUAUGUUUAUUUGAUCAGUAAGAUGUUUGUGUGUAAUAGAUAAUACUCAUAUUUGAUAAACCAGAACUCCAUAAUGCUCCCCUUGUCAUUUACAUCAUUACCUUACAUUUAAGUUCAACAGACUAUGACCACUGCCUAAUUGAUUCAGUAUAGCAUAUAACAGCAGAAUAUGUUCUAACUGGCAUUAAAUCAUUUCAUCUUGUACUAGCAGGUUAUCUACUAUAUACAAGGAGCCCUUCAUUUGGUCAGGUGCCUUAUCCAAACCAAAUACCAUAGCAGUGUUCUUUUGUUCAACCCAAAAGUUCUCAUAGUGAUGAAGGUGCCACGAGACAUUCAAUUCCAGGUCCAACCAUUUCUGGCUUUCGUUUCUGUCGUUAUUUUUUUUCUGAAGCUCUCCGCCCUACUUUCUGCCAGUAAACACACUCUCUCACCCUUUUGUAAGACACAGGUGUUAAACUGACACAACCGAGCACAUGAAUCGCAGCGCUCGUGGCCCGCAGCUCUUCACAGAUUGUGGUUUACAUCCCUGCAUUGCAAUGGUGCAGUGAAGGCAAGGCACCAGCGCAACUUGCACAUAUGGUUAGCAAGAGCUGCGUUGGUGGAACGUGCCUUAUCACAUCUGAAGAUUUUUAUACAUUUUAUAAAAUAUUUUUUUAGUAAUGACUGGUUGCUCAUUUGUGCUUUCAGCUGCCAGUAAUACCAGCAUCCCCUUUUUACUACUUUUUUUUUUAUAAGUCAACAUAGAUUGUGGCCCGUGUAAAGUCGAGCAUAACCGAAGCGCAGCACGAGCGGGAGAUUCUGUGGAACAACAGUGACGUGAUUUAAGAUCUGCCAAAGGAUGUGUGAAAAUGUCCCAGAUCGGUGAGAGAGAGAGAGAGUGUGUGUGUGUGUGGAGGGUUGAAUGUAAGUGCACAAUAUGUCAAACUGUCAACUGGUGAGCUUGUUUUGUUUUUUCAUGUCCUGAUUUCACUCAGAAAGUGCUGUUGAAGUGGAACAUACACCUGUGGGCUCUCUGUCUGUGUCCUGGAGCUGUAUGCUGCCGUGUGCGUGGUACUACGCUUUUACACUGGGAACUUGAUUUGUAGAAAUCUGUUUGUAAUUGUUUUAUAUAUAACAAAAGCAUAUUUGUAUAAAUGAACUAACAGUGAGAUGAUUUUAAAUUAUGCCAAAUAAAAUGAUGGUUUAAACCGGA